AUGGCUGCAAAUCUAAGGAACAAUGCUUUCUUGUCUUCUCUCAUGCUGCUUCUAUUGAUUGGUUCCUCAUACGCAAUCACAAGCUCAGAGAUGAGCACAAUCUGUGACAAAACUUUGGACCGAGCUUUCUGUCUUAAGUUCCUCAAUUCAAAAUCUGCAGCUCCUAGCAUUCAAGCCUUGGCAAAAACCACGCUUGAUGCCACACAAGCAAGAGCAACACAAACAUCCAAAAGACUUCAAUCUAUUAUUGAUGGAGGCGUCGACCCACGAUCCAAGUUAGCUUACAGGUCCUGCAUGGAUGAAUAUGAGAACACCAUUGAAAACCUCGACGAAGCUUUUGAGCAUUUGGCUUCCGGCGAUGGCUUCGGGAUGAACAUAAAAGUUUCAGCUGCAUUGGAUGGAGCUGAUACAUGUUUAGAUGAUGUGAAGAGAUUGAGAUCUGUAGAUGCUUCUAUUGUGAAUAACAGUAAGGGAAUCAAGAAACUUUGUGGUAUUGCUCUUGUUAUCUCUAACAUGUUGCCACGUAGAUCUUAA